AUGUUAUCGGAUGAUUCAGAGAAUAAAUAUGAUAAUGACGUUACAAUUAUUACGUAUACGAAUUAUACAGUCUCUCUCGUACAUUUGGCGAACGCAAAUGAUUCCCUAUCACAUGAAAUGGAUUUCAUUGUGAAGGCCAUGGAAAUUGCCCCUUGUCUUAUCUGCGUUGCUCAAGCACUUACGUGUUCAGCAGUUGUGACAGAAGCAAUUAGUAGGUAUUAUGCAUUUGAAGCAGGUGAAACAAAAGAUUUUGAUUGGAAAUUAAUUAAUUUAAUUGAUAAAGCGCUCGAGGAUCUAUUUUUUUUCAAAGAACCGAAAAAUGAUGAAGGAUUAAAUGUGACUUAUAUUAAUCUCGACGUGUGUGAACGAUCAAUAAUGCUUCAUGGUGGACUCACGAUUCUUGCACUAACUCUGAAGCACAAUACCACGAAGUUAAAGGAUGAAAUUAAAGCUCCAUGGUAUAAAAAUCGGAUUGUUCGUAUAAAAGCAGGAUUAUUACAAAAUUUUGAUGUUCUCUAG